CUUGUCACCCUGUUUUAUGAGUAUCUUGGAAUAUAUGGUGUUAUGAUGGUCACCAGCCUGCCAGAGCACUGGAAGCCAGGUCCAGACUUCUACGGCGUGUCCUGUGAACCCGUGCUGGUCACUGCAGGUGCCGGGGUCAUCGGCUUCCUCUUCUGGAGGAGCAUUCUAUCUGUCAAAAGCAAGUCAUAUCUAAAAAUGGUGGACAGGAUGAAAAAGCUUGAACAAGAGAAGAAGGAGAUACUCCAAAAGGUCGCUGAACUGCAGCAACAGGGCGAAGAACUUAAAGAAAAGCAAAAGCUGUCUGAAAAAUCUGCCACUUUAUCUCUGGAGAAGAUCCAGGAAUUGGAGAAUAUUGUGCAAGAGAUGGAGACACAAAAUGAGCGCCUGGACGAGGAAAAUAACUUACACGCCAUAUCCUUUGACAAAGAGCGGGCCAAUACUGCGAAACAUGAAGAUAUGAUGUCCGAAAUGGACAAAACCAUUGAGAAGUUGAAGCGCAGCAAGAAGAAGACCCAGGAUGCACUCUCGAAGUCUACCAUUCUGAUGGAUGAAGCCAAGCUCCGCGAAGAUGCCCGGAAUGUCCAGGUCCAGGUUCUAGAGAAGGAUAUUGCCACCCUGAAGGAGGAGAACCUCUUGCUGCACCAUGCUGCCAAGUUGUGGGAGGAGAAGCACAGGGAAACAAGCGAGCAGAUCAAAGUCUACCAGAAGUCCCAGAAAGACCUGGAGGAUUCCCUCCUUCAGAAGGACCACAACGUUCUAUCUGACCUGCUAGGAGACCUGGAGGCCUGCGAUGACCUGAAAGGUGGAGUUGUUGCUAACGGGGUAGCCUCUAACGACAAGCAGACCAUCAUCCAAAACCGCCAUAAGCAAAGGAUGGAUGUCUCUCGGGUCCAGACCACUCUGUCUGUUGUGGAGGAAGAGCGCGAUCGCUUCAUGACCAAGCUGCUGAACGAAGAGAAGUCCAGGAAAGAGCUGGAAGAGCAAUUUCAGAAGCUGGAGCAUGACAUCUUGUUGGUGAAAAGUGACAAGAACCACCUGGAGAACCAGUACAAGACCCUGCAGCAGAAGAAUGACAUCAUGACAGAGAUGUACCAGCAGACGGAGAACGCUUUGCAGCAGAAGCUGACCAAGGAGGAGUUUGAGCGCCCCAACAAGGAAGACCGGCUGACGGAGAUGGACGGCAAGGCCCUAGAGGAGGAGGUCAAGGUGUGUAGGCAGCGCGUUAAGGAGAUCCAGGACGAGCUGAAAUGGACCGAGAAGUUCUACAAAGCUCAGAUCAUUGAGCAGGAGCAGAAAUCUCACGAGAACUGGGUGAUUGCACGCGCCACAGAGCGAGCUCUGUUCGACGAGAAGGAAACAACUAACAUUCGUAACUUACUGACUGACAUGUCCAGCAAGCUGAAGGAGCUCUGUAGGCCUCUGUUCAAGCCCACCCCUGGGAUGGCUCCCAUGCCUCUCCGACGAGGACCACGACCUCACUCUGACCCUCACGGCCGCCAUUACUCUCCGUACCACAAACACCCAGUGGCUGCUAGACCUGACACCAUGGCCCCACGUACAUCCUCACCAAGCAAUCUGGGCAGCUUGACCGCUUCACUAGAGUCACAGGCUGAGGCCCAGGCCUCCACAGAGAACCCAGAGGCAGUGAGUAUUAUGUUCGAGGCAGCGGUGGCAGGAAUGCGGAUGUGUGUGUGA